CGACGAUGGCUGAUUCGAGGGCGACCGACGGGGCCGUGAACCGCUCGCACGUGCGCUGGCACAUUCUGCGCAUGGUGCUCGUCGACUUUGCCGCGCCCGUGGUCAUCUACAGCAUUGCAUCGUCGUACACCAAUGACGUCGUGGCGCUGCUCCUCUCGGCCAUUCCGCCGGCGCUCAACAGCGUCCUUGUCAUGGUGCAGCGCCGGUCGCUCGACCCGAUCUCGUGUCUCGUCGUGGUCUCGAUCGCGCUCUCGGCGGCGCUUGCGGCCAUCACGUCCGACGCCAAGCUCCUCCUCGUCAAAGACUCGUUCUUGACGUUUGUCUUCGGCCUCGCCUUUCUCUUCUCGGUCGGUUGCGGCACGGAAAACCUCAUUUGGCGCUACUACCGGCAAAUGGCCGGGCCCGACGCGACAUCGCACCUCGACGCGUUGUAUGCGAGUGCCAUCGUGCGCACGUCGACCAACCUCAUGUGCUACGUCUGGGGCGCGGGCCUCGUCGUGGAGGCUCUGCUGCGCCUCGUGCUCAUCUACCUCCUCCCGAUCCACACGAUGGCGUACAUUUCACCGACACUGAUCGUGCUCACGCUCGCGAGCCUCGGAUACUGGAACGCGUGGUACGCCAAGCGCCUCCGCCGCCAGUACGAGGGCCAGGACGUCCCUAUGGACACCAAGAAUGCACGGUCGUACAAUACGUCCGUGUCGAGCGACGACGUCGCGUAGACUCAUCGUGUCGGGUACCACCAAUGCACCAAUGACAUACUACGCAGCGUACUAAUACAAUUUUGCUAAAAGAUAUCGAUACCGC